CUGUCCUUUUGUAGAAGAUUCAUGAUGCUCCCUCGCCUGUUGGUCCGACUGCCCUUUGGCUUUUCCAUCCGCCUGGGACCUGGGCCUAGACCCCACACGUGAGUCGCCUGGACACCGCAAGAGUGUGUGACAGGGUGACACAGCGCUUGUGUGAAGGAGACGUGGUGCCACCCGAUGUGGGUGUGUCUGUGGGCGGAUGUGCUGGGUCCUGAUCCAAGUGAGGCGUGUAGUGCGUUGGCCAAACCUGCCUCAGCCGGGACGCGGGGAGGGGGCUCCGUGUGGGGUUGUUGCUGCCGCAGGCGUGUGUGCGACCCCGCGGUGCUGACCUGCAGGCCUCCGUCCCAGAGCCCCAGAAGUAGAACUUGCACCUAGGGGCCUGACCUGCUGUCCAGGAGGCUGCAGAGCUGCUCACUCCAGGGAGUGCUGCCAAGGGGCGUCAUGGAGACCCUAGCCCUGAAGCCCGAGGAGACAGCGCUUUUUACUUAAGACUCUGCUCUUUCCCCCAAAGAGAAUCCAGAGACUAAAUCAGGUUGGGAUCUGCAGGAAGCCAGAUCUGAGGAAUUGGUGACAUUCAAGGAUGUGGCUGUGGAUUUCACCCAGGAAGAGUGGGGUCAACUGGACUCCCCUCAGAGGGCCUUGUACCGGGAUGUGAUGCUGGAGAACUACCAGAACCUUGUUGCCUUGGGACCUCCGGUCUGCAAGCCAGAUGUAAUCUCCCAUCUGGAACGAGGAGAGGAGCCAUGGCGAGUGUACAGGGAAGGCUCUGGAGGGUCUUGUUCAGAGCGGGAGCCUGUGCCUGAGGUGAAGGAGCAGUCUCUACUGCAGGGGUGUUGCAGACGAGAUCUACCCUGGGAGGCAGUCACAGGGCCGCUGAAGAGGCCCAGUGCUCACAGUGCCCACCUGGGUACAGCAUGGGAGGCCCCAACAGUAGUGUGGAGAAACCAGGCUGUGCAAUGGGAGCAAGUGCCUGCUGCCCUUGGGGACAUCUCCACAGAGCAGAGAUAUUGGGGACACAAUGACUCCGCCGAGGGCUCCCCUGUCAAGUGCUCUCUGCUCGCCCAGUGGAGUGCCCCUUUGGGAGGACACUCUCCUGCCAGGCAUACCAUGGACAUCCAGCCCACUGGGGCAGUCACCAGAGACCAGCAGAGAACGUGUCCGAGAGACAGGUCCUUCAAGUCCAGGCUGCACGGGGUAGGCACUGGGGUGGGUGUCUUCGUAUGCGGUGAGUGUGGGAAAACAUUCCCACAGAGAGCGUCCUUAGCCCUACACCAGCGCUGGCACAGCCGUGCCAAGUCCUACAAGUGCAGCGAAUGCGGCAAGGCCUUCACUUGGAGCACCAACCUCAUCGAGCACCAGCGCAUCCACACAGGUGAGAAGCCCUUCUUCUGUAGUGAGUGCGGGAAGGCGUUCAGCUGUCACUCAUCCCUCAACGUGCACCAGCGCAUCCACACAGGUGAGAAGCCCUUCUUCUGUAGUGAGUGCGGGAAGGCGUUCAGCUGUCACUCAUCCCUCAACGUGCACCAGCGCAUCCACACAGGUGAGCGACCCUACAAAUGCAGUGCCUGUGAGAAGGCCUUCAGCUGCAGCUCGCUGCUCAACAUGCACCUGCGGGUACACACGGGUGAGAAGCCCUACAAGUGCAGUGAGUGUGGCAAGGCCUUCAACCAGCGCACACACCUCACCCGCCACCACCGCAUCCACACUGGUGAGAAGCCCUACAAAUGCGAUGCAUGUGGCAAGGCCUUCACCUGCCACUCAUCCCUCACUGUGCAUGAGAAGAUCCACAAUGGGGACAAGCCUUUCAAAUGCACUGAGUGCGAGAAGGCCUUCAACAACCGCUCACGCCUCACUCUGCACCAGAGGAUCCACACCGGUGAGAAACCCUUCAAGUGCACAGACUGUGGGAAAGGCUUCAGCUGCCAUUCAUACCUCAUCGUGCACCAGCGUAUCCACAGUGGUGAGAAGCCCUUCAAGUGCAACGAGUGUGGGAAAGCCUUCAGCUCGCACUCCUACCUCAUCGUGCACCAGCGCAUCCAUACUGGGGAGAAGCCCUUCGACUGCAGCAAGUGCUGGAAGGCCUUCAGCUGCCACUCAUCCCUCAUUGUGCACCAGCGCAUCCAUACUGGGGAGAAGCCCUAUAAAUGUCAUGAAUGUGGCAAAGCCUUCAGCCAGAACCACUGUCUUAUUAAACACCAGAAGGUUCAUUCUGGGGAGAAAUCCUUGAAGUGUAACAAAUGUGGGGAAGUGUUCGGCUGGAGCUCACAUCUCCUGGAACACCAGAGACUGCUGCAUGGUGAUGAGAAGCCCUUUGCCAUUCAGUUCAACAGACACUUGCUGGGCACCUACUACAUGCCUGGCAGUCUGUUGGGUACAGGGGACUCAGGGGUAGGUGACAUAGACCCAAUAAAUGCAUUAGAUGUGGCAAAGCUCUUGUGUGUGGUACAGCCCCCACCUAGCAGGAAUUUCCCUCUGGGGACCAAACCUGACAAUUAAGAUGUGGUACUGUUUCUUCAUAGAAGAAAGCACUUCCUGAGCUACCCAUCAAAUGAGGCACUGGAACCUCUCCUGGGUGCCCAGAACCAGAACACCUGUUCCUCCAGAUGCCAGAUUCUUGCACAUGACCUUGCUCAGCUCUCCCAGCCAGGAUGCCUAGUGUGACAGUUCCCCAGGAUAAAACACAUUUUAGGAGAAGGGAUUUGAGUCCAUUUGAGGACAUCUCAUCAUCCUUGAUGGGUCUGGAGAUCAUUGAUGGACCAUCUUACCUGCAGAUAAGAAGGCGGAUCAACUGUUGGGUCCUGGGAUGGGCUCCUGCCUGGUUUGA